AGGAAGGUGAAAUAGUUGAAUGGGACGAUGUGAAAAACAUCGAUCCAAAUGUGAUUUAUGCCAAGCAUCGUUUCCAGUGUCGGCUGUGUAAAACCCUUGAAACAAAUGUGAUCCUUCAUUACAAGAAAGUUCAUGCAGAAUUUGAAUUAUUAAUAUCACGACCAUCGCCGACCAUGGCUGAAAAAAUUCGGCGCCGUACUGAAAAUUUCAUCUACACUCCGCAUUUUGAUCAAAUUUCGGGCAUUUGUUUCUUCUGUGAAUUACCGCGUUCCUUAUCGUUGACCGAGUGGAAGAAACAUAUAUUAUACCACACCGGUGAAAUGGAGCCCAAUACAUCGUUUGAUGUAUUCUCUGGCGCUCAAUUGACGGCCUUUAUGUGUAAAUUAUGCAAUUACAUUCAAACCGAUCAGAAUCGUCUGACCAAGCAUCUCCGAAAAGAGCAUAAAAAAUGCGGUGGCGAAAUUGCCAUUGGUUUCGAACAAAUCAUAUUGAUUCCGGACCUAACACCAUUGACACCGAUCCAAGUUGUCAAUAAAUAUGUUUUCAUUGAAGAAGCGAAGCGUUUCAAGUGCGGUAUCGGAUGGUGUGACACUCAAUUAAAUGGUUUUGCCAAUUUCAAAGCACAUCUUCGUCAAAAACACCGAAAUACCGACGAAAAUUUUGGCUGUUUACAUUGCUCCGAACUAAUUAAUGCCACUGGAAAAUCCUUUCUGCAUGAUGUGUCGGAGCAUAUGGAAUUGCAUGGUAAAUUUAUUUAUUCGUGUUUAUUCUGUGAGCGGGUAUUUUCCGAGAGGAACCAUGUCAUUUUGCAUAUUAUUCGCGAGCAUCCCGAAAAACAAAUGAAAUUUAACUAUUGUAAGCGUGAAAAAUCAAAUAUGCCAGAGAUUACCGAACAACUCCAAAUUAUGUUGAAAUGUAAUUUAUGCACUGAGUUUUCCUACACUAUGGAACAUGCGUCGGCACACUUUAAAAUUCAUCACAAAUCAUUAGAUAUUGAUUUUACGACCAAUACAUUGCGUAAGUUCACGGUGCCGGAUUCGACGACAACACUUACUUUCACCAAAAAUACAUUGCAAACAUUGCGCCGAUUUUUUGAAUGUUCACAAUGUGAGGAGACACGUUUCAAUGAGGUAUCGCUGAUCAAACAUUUUACGAAAUCGCAUCAAACACAUUCAUUGGUGCUGAAACCGGGCGACUUUUUUAUAAAGGCCAUUGAUCCAACCGAGACCAGCACUCAGUUGAACCGUAUUCAGACGGUGUUUUACUGUUAUCAUUGCUAUGAAGGUAAUGAAAAACGUAAAUUUAUUGGCUUUGGCAAUUGUCAGGAGGUUCUUACACAUUGGUUAGCCACACACAAGGAACCAUUUCGUUUUUUCAUCGCCGAAAUGGCCAAGUGUUUUUAUUGCGAUCUGAUGGGGACAUAUCAAGGAUUGAAAUUACAUCACGGCGAUGUACAUUCAAAUAAAAAAUUUGCUAUAGUUGAUGUGCUUGAUCCAAAGAAAUGCAGCUUAUGCCAAUAUAUCGGUGACCGUGUGGAAGAACAUUUCCAAAACGAACAUUCUUCAAUUUCCAUAACAAAUUUAUUUUGUCCGAUUCCGUUGAGCGAUAAAAGUUUGAAGAAAUUGAUCGAGAUGAAAGGACAUAAAAACCGUUUAUGCGGACUCUGUCACCAGACAUUUGAAACAAAAAUCGACUAUAAAGUUCACCAUGGCAAUAAACACAUAUUGUUCAAAGAGAAUGUUGAGAAAUUCUAUAACAACGAAAGUGUUCAUUUGAUCACUGGCUGUUGUCAAGCCAUUGUUGAUCACAAGAAACUAUUUAAUCAUUUGAAGGUGCAUCCAAUAUCAUCGCAAUGUCCAAACUGCACGUUUAAAGCAUUGGAUUUGUAUGAAUUUACAGCACAUCAGUUGAAUGUUCACCAUCCCGGUAACGAUGUUCGGGUAGUGUACAGGGAAGCAAUGCAAAAGAUUUACUGGAAAACCAAAGUGGUCUUCGGCAAUGGACUGGUAUUGAGUAAGCACAAUUUAUUGGGGACGAAGUAUGAUGACAGUGAACUAUUUGGAGUAUUUGUUGAGAAUAUUAUUAAGAAUAAUGAAGAAAUACUUUAAUUUUUUGUUUGAUGCAUGAUGAAAUUGGCCUAAAAGGUAUUUUUUAUGGAUUUGUUAUAAAAUACUUCAUUUUUUUCUUUUUUCUUUGAUUUUGUUUGCUGAGAUAUACAGAAUGAAAAGUUACCAUUGAAAAUAUGAGUGAAAAUGAAAUUAAAUCGAAUUACAUUGUCAUCGGAAAUGUAAAAUAUU